AGGUGCAUGCUGGGUAGGCAGAGGGUGGAAGUUUCCCACACCUCCCCAGAGAAGGUCAGUGGGCCCUGCCCCAAGCUUCCUAACUCAGGACUUCAGUUUCCUGCAGAGCAGAAACAUGACAGGAGGCAGGCGUGGUCCUGGCUCUGGCUCUCUGCCGCUCCACGUGCUCGUGCCCUCUCCCGGCCUGGUCCUAAGCAGUGUCAUGAGUCCGGACCAGGUUGGAGGUUAAUUCUUGGGCAUGGGGGCACUUUGGGGCUUGGAAGGAGGAGUGACUGGGCCAAGGUCACCAACAGAGGGGGCACCCAUCGUCCUUGACGUAUCCCUCCUCCUGGUAGUCCAUGACAGAAGCAGUCGGGCACCCGACUAGAAGAGACAGCCAGGAAGGGGGCCUGGGCACGCCUGGCCUGCACCAAGCCUGGGCUUCAGCUGCCAGGCUCCAGCUUCCCUGGCUCCUCCUCCCAGGCCCCCCCCCCCACACAUACACUUAAUACUUCUGGGACCCAGGCCACCCGCUGUGGACUUUGGCAUUAGCUGUAGCUAGCGUGGAAGCCCGGAAAGACUGGGAGCAAAGUCUGUCAACGAAGCAAAAGAAGAAGCUUCAGGCACCAUCCUGCCUGCUAGCUCUCCUCGGGAGGUAAGCAGGACACUGGGAGCCGGGGGCUCUGAGGGGGCUCUCCUGGGAUCACACCGAUUGAUAAUUCAAAGCCGUAAGCUCUUCAUGUGCUUCCUCACACGCUCUCCCCUUGACCCUGCACAGCUCCUAGGGGGGCCAUGGUGGGUGUCAGCCCCGCCGCUAGAAUAGAAAACAGGUUGAGACAUGCAGUGAGAUACUCAGCAUCACGCAGUAAGUUUGGAGCCAACAGGACUAAGGUGCAGGGCUCUUUGCCCUGUACGUGUUUCCAAAGAGAAGGCCCGGUUUACAUUUAGAGUCUAGAUGCCUCUGGCUUACCAGGGAGGGGAGACAGCAAACCAGGUUCCUCUGCUCCUGUGCAGCACGUCUGCACACAGGCCUUGGUGACUCUGGCUUUAGUUAAGGUCGCCACACACUCGGGGUCUGCCUAGAGCUGAGCUUUGCUUAGGUGAGACAUCGUUUGCCGGUUACCUACCAGGCAGGUAAUUUCUCAGUCUGCUCAGAUCAUACCUCCAGCUGGGGAGGCUGUUAGGGGCAAGGAGUUAAGAGCCAGCAUGAACUACACAAGUCUUCCUGCCCAGCCUCGGCUGCCACCUGCAGGUCACUCGGGCUCUGCCAUGUGGCUGCCUCUGCUGCUGGGAGUCUUGCUCUGGGCAGUGCUGUGGUGGCUCAGGGACCAGCAGAGCCUGCCUGCCAGCGAUGCUUUCGUCUUCAUCACCGGCUGUGACUCGGGCUUCGGGCGGCUUCUGGCACUGAGACUGGACCAGAGAGGCUUCCGAGUCCUGGCCAGCUGCCUGACCCCCGCGGGGGCAGAGGACCUACAGCAGGUGGCCUCCUCCCGCCUCCACACCACCCUGCUUGAUGUCACUGAGCCCCAAAGUGUCCAGCGGGCAGCCAAGUGGGUGGAAACACAUGUCGGGGAAGCAGGGCUUUUUGGUCUGGUGAAUAACGCUGGUGUGGCAGGGAUCAUUGGGCCCACCCCGUGGCUCACAGAGGAUGAUUUCCAUCGGGUGCUUAAAGUGAAUACACUGGGUCCCAUCAGGGUCACCCUUGCCCUGCUGCCCCUCCUACAGCAGGCCCGGGGCCGAGUGGUCAACAUCAGCAGUGUCCUGGGCCGCCUGGCAGCCAAUGGUGGUGGCUACUGUGUCUCCAAGUUUGGCCUGGAGGCCUUCUCUGAUAGCCUCAGGCGGGAUGUGGCUCAUUUUGGGGUCCAAGUCUCCAUCGUGGAGCCUGGCUUCUUCCGAACCCCUGUGACAAACCUGGAGCAUUUGGAGAACUCGCUGCAGGAGUGCUGGGCACGGCUACCUCCCAGCACACAGGCCCACUAUGGGGAGGCCUUUCUUCCCAAGUACUUGCAAGUGCAGCAGCACAUCAUGAGCCUGAUCUGUGACCCAGACCUGACCAAGGUGAGCAGGUGCCUGGAACAUGCCCUGACUGCUCGUUACCCCAGAACCCGGUACAGCCCAGGCUGGGAUGCCAAGCUGCUCUGGCUGCCAGCCUCCUACCUGCCAGCCAGCCUGGUGGAUGUUGUGCUCACCUGGGUCCUUCCCAAGCCUGCCCAGGCAGUCUACUGAAUCCAGCUGUCCAGCAAGAGAUUGUUUUCUGUCCCCACCCUGGUACUGCCUGGUGGCCCGCACAAAAUAAGCACUCAAUAAAUGUGUAUUGUUAAAAAAAGAAAACACCGUAGGUGGACAGAAAUGAAGUUGCCUGGUGAGAGACUGGCCCCAUUUGAGAGCUAUCCCUUAGGCUGACUUCCUGCCCAGGGUCUCUGGCCCGUUUAGUACGUGCAAAACAACCAGCAACCACUGAGCAUCUGCCCUCCCCUCCCCUCUGACCGCCUGUCUGCAGGCGCUCUUUGUAGCUACACCUGGAAGAAUGGCCAUCAGAGGGCACUGGUGGACGUUUCACUUCCUUUCAGUUCACUGUUGGGAGUGCCGGUGGCCUUACCUGUUUUUCUUGGGAGGGAGGGAAGGUGGUAAAGUGGGGUCAGGGCAAGGCUGGGUGGUUUCCAUGGGGGAAAAACAAAAGGCAAUACCCACUUAAAUUAUCCUUGUGUUUUUUUUUUGUUUGUUUGUUUGUUUUUUAAGAUUUGAGAGGGAGUCCAAGGAGCAGGGGAUGGGCAGAGGGAGAGAAAACUCAAGCCGACUCCCCACUGAGUGAGGAGCCCAACAUGGGGCUCAGUCAGAUAACCCUGAGAUCCUGACCUGAGUCAAAGUUAAGAGUUGGAAGCUCAGGGGAUCCCUGGGUGGCUCAGCCGUUUAGCACCUGCCUUUGGCCCAGGGUCUAAUCCUGGAGUCCCGCAUCAGGCUCCCCACAUGGAGCCUGCUUCUUUCUCUCUCUGCCCUUCUGUCUCUGUGUGUC